CAACAGCGGGUGUAUAUUUGUUAAUACGUUUUCAUUUUUUAAUUAUAAAUUAUGAUUUUUUUUAUUAUUUAUUGGACUAUUAACUAUGUUUAUAUCAGGAUUAGGGGCUAAUUUUGAGUAUGAUUUAAAGAAAAUUAUUGCUUUGUCAACCCUUAGACAAUUAGGAUUAAUAUUUACUAUUUUAAGUUUAGGAAGAGUAAAAUUAGCUUUUUUUCAUUUAUUAAUUCAUGCAUUGUUUAAGGCUUUACUUUUUAUAUGUGCUGGGAACUUUAUUCAUUUGAUACUAAAUUGUCAAGAUAUUCGUUAUAUAGGAAGUUUAAUUUUUAAAUCUCCUUUAACUGUAGUGUAUUUUAAUAUUAGAAAUUUAUCAUUAUGUGGUUUGCCAUAUUUUUCAGGUUUUUAUUCAAAAGAUUUAAUUAUAGAAUUUUAUUCUAUAAUAAAUUUGAAUUUAUUUGUUUAUAUUAUAAUAUUUAUUUCAUUGGGUAUAACUGUUUCUUAUAGAAUUCGCUUGUUAUAUUAUUUAAUAUAUUCAACACUUAAUUUUUUUAGAUUAAAUUGUAUUAGCGAAGCUAAAAAUAGAAUAGUUUAUAGAAUAGGUUUUAUAUUUUUAGUUGUUUUAUUUUCUGGAAGAAGGUUAAUAUGAGUCAUUUUUGAUAAUCCUUAUUUGAUUAUUUUACCAUUAUUUAUAAAAAUGUUUACUUUAAUAAUAGUAAUUUUAGGUAUUUAUAUUGGAAUGGAGAUUUCUAAGUUAAAUUUAACUUAUAAAUUAAUUAUAAUGAGUAAUAUAAAAAUAUUUGUUUUUUUUUCUACAAUAUGAAAUUUAUCUUUUAUUUCUACUAAUGGGUUAAAUUUUAUUUUUAUUAAGAUAGGGUUUUUAAAUUAUAAAUUUAUAGACCAAGGAUGGUCUGAAUUCUUGGGAAGUCAGGGUUUAUUUGAUUUUAUUAAAAAUUCUUCUGUAUUAAUACAAUAUUUAUUUAAAAAUAAUUUAAAGAUUUUUUUGAUUAUAUUUGUAGGUUGAAUAUUUUUAAUAGUACUUUAUAAUUUUUA